AGCCACCUGGAGCCCAUGGACACCAUCUUUGUCAAGAAUGUGAAGGAUGAUGGCCCUGCCCACCAGGCUGGGCUUCGGACAGGAGAUCGGCUGGUGAAAGUGAAUGGUGAGAGCAUCAUUGGGAAGACCUACUCCCAAGUUAUUGCACUGAUCCAGAACAGUGAUGAUGCCUUGGAACUCUCCAUCAUGCCCAAGGAUGAGGACAUCCUCCAGCUGGCUUAUUCCCAGGAUGCCUACCUAAAGGGGAACGAGCCAUACUCUGGAGAAGCCCGGAGCAUACCAGAGCCACCUCCACUCUGUUACCCUCGAAAGACCUAUGCCUCACAGGCCCGGGCCUCGUCCCGGGUCACCAUGGUGUCUGAGCCCCACUCGGCACCACCCACUGACCACUGGCGCCCUUCUCCUUGGAGUGAUCCUGGCUAUCGGGCCCUGCCAUCCUGUCCCCAUCCAGACAACGCCUCUUUUGGGAUGAGCCAGCCGCGCCCCAACCCUAGUGCCUUUCCCCGUCUUGCUCCUGAUCCUCGAACUCCCCGUGCCUUCCAGGACCCUGGGGUCCGGGCACCCCCAAGCAAACUGGAGUGCCAACAGGCAUUAUCCCACUGGUUGUCAAACCAGGUACCUCGGAGAAGUGGAGACGGGCGGUGCCCAGUUAUGCCUCCUCGUGCUCGAAGCGUCUCCCAGGACCGGCUGGGAGAUGCUGUGGUCAGUAGACCAUGGCCCUGCUCUGCCUCCCAGGAUGCCCUGUGCCACCUGGGUCACGAAGGUUGGCAUCGGGCUCGAUCUGAUGACUACUUAGGUCGCUUUGUUCGCUCCGCUGAGGCUCUGGGGCCAGGGACUCUGGUAUCUCCCCGAUUUGAACACUCUGGCUGGGUGCCCCAACGCUCGCCAACUCGAACCCCUGCCUGCCUGCCCCAGGACCCCCCGGGCCCGAAACCCCCCGCUCAGCCCACUCAUCCCAGCCUAGAUGAUACGGGUUACAUUGGGUACCGAAGCUAUAGCCCCUCUUUUCAGCGCCGGACUGGUCUUCUUCAGGCCCUUUCCUUCCGGGACUCUCCCUUUGGAGGGUUGCCUACCUUCAACCUCCCCCAACCAUCCGCCCCACAUUCAGCUGAAUCCUCAGAGCCACUCAGGGUUACCCGGACAGAACCCAACACACAGGCACCAGAGCUGCCCCCUGAGGAACGGAGGGAGGAGGUGGUGCUCCGACAGAAACCACCGACUGGGCGCAAGGUGCAGCAGCCUCCCCCAAGGCACAUGAACUUUGGGUUUGGUGAUGAGGCCUCAGAAUCAGAGUCAGGUGGGCAAGGAGAGCAUCCAGGCAGGAGGGUGGCACCAUUGGCAGCUGCUGAAGACUCACUGGCAUCCAUUCCCUUCAUAGAUGAACCUACCAGCCCCAGCAUUGACCUAAAAGCCAAGCAUGUACCAGCCUCCGCCGUUGUGUCCAGUGCCAUGAACUCGGCCCCUGUCAUGGGCACCAGCCCAUCCUCCCCAACCUUCACCUUUGCCCUUGGCCGCCACUACUCCCAAGACUGCAGCAGUAUCAAAGCCGGCCGACGUUCAUCCUAUCUUCUGGCCAUCACCACGGAGCGCUCCAAGUCAUGUGAUGAUGGCCUUAACACCUUCCGGGAAGAGGGCAGGAUCCUCCGACGACUCCCUAACCGAGUGCCCAGCCUUCGAAUGCUGCGAAGUUUCUUCACAGAUGGGUCCUUGGACAGUUUGGGCACAUCAGAAGAUGCCCCCUCCAAGAGGCAUUCAACCUCUGACCUCUCAGACAUGACCUUUAGUGAUGUCAGGAGAGAAGGCUGGUUAUAUUUUAAGCAGAUCCUCACCAAGAAGGGAAAGAAAGUGGGUGGUGGCCUGCGCCAAUGGAAACGUGUCUAUGCUGCGCUCCGGGCACACUCACUCUCCCUGGGCAAGGAGCGGCGGGAGGCGGGCACGACGGGCGCAGGUGAGGAGGAGACGGCGCCCGUCUGCAUCAGCUCGUGCCUGGUGGACAUCUCCUACAGCGAAACCAAGAGGAGGCAUGUGUUCCGGCUCACCACCGCUGACUUCUGUGAAUAUCUCUUUCAGGCUGAGGACCGGGAUGAUAUGCUGGGUUGGAUCAGAGCGAUCCGGGAAAACAGCAGGGCCGAGGGCGAGGACCCUGGCUGUGCCAAUCAAGCUCUGAUCAGUAAGAAGCUUAAUGACUACCGAAAAGUAAGCCAUAUUUCUGGCCCCAAAGCAGACUCCUCUCCCAAGGGCUCUCGAGGAAUAGCAGGGCUCAAAUCAGAGCUCCUGAAGCAGAAUGCUCCCCGGUCUCCCCGGACCCAGGAUCCUCCUUCAGGGACCAAAGAUGACAGCGCUGCCACCUCCAGAGCCCCCUGGGGCAUCAACAUCAUGAAGAAGAAUAAGAAGCCUUCUCCAAGGGCAUUUGGGGUUCGUCUAGAAGAGUGUCAACCUGCUGCUGACAACCAGCGGGUGCCCCUGAUUGUGUCAGCGUGCUGCCGGAUGGUGGAGGCAAGGGGGCUUGAGUCCAUGGGCAUUUACCGAGUGCCUGGCAACAAUGCUGUAGUAUCUAGUCUGCAGGAACAGUUAAACCGAGGACCUGGGGACAUCAACCUUCAAGAUGAGCGUUGGCAAGACCUCAAUGUCAUCAGCAGUCUCCUCAAGUCAUUCUUCAGAAAACUGCCAGAGCCCCUGUUCACGGAUGAUAAAUACAAUGACUUCAUCGAGGCCAAUAGGAUUGAAGACUCCAGAGAGAGAAUGAAAACACUGCGGAAACUGAUCCGAGAUCUUCCUGGUCAUUACUAUGAAACACUCAAAUUUCUUGUGGGGCACCUGAAAACCAUCGCUGACCACUCGGAGAAGAACAAGAUGGAGCCCCGCAACUUGGCGCUGGUAUUUGGGCCCACGCUGGUGAGAACAUCUGAGGACAACAUGACUGAUAUGGUGACUCACAUGCCGGACCGGUACAAGAUCGUGGAGACGCUGAUCCAGCACUCUGACUGGUUUUUCAGUGAUGAUGAAGAAAAGGGAGAAAGAACUCCAGUUGACGAAAAGGAAUCCCAAUCAGUGCCCAAUAUAGAGUACCUCCUGCCCAACAUUGGCAGGACAGUGCCCCCAGGAGAGGCAGGUUCAGAUUCUAUCAACUGUGGUUCCACCAAGUCCAAGGGCUCGUGGGUCCCAAAGAAAGAGCCGUACACGCGGGAGAUGCUGGCGAUCUCCUUCAUCUCGGCCGUCAAUCGAAAACGCAAGAAGAGAAGCGAAGGCCGGGGACUGGGAAGCAGCACGGACGAUGAUUCGGAGCAGGAGGCCCACAAGCCAGGGACCGGGGUCCAAGACGGUCCCGGAGGGCAGCCGCCGGCUCCCGGGGACGCGGGGGCGCCAAGCCGCCACAGCCCCCCGAGGAACCCCAAAGAGGGAGCUGGGGAGCGGCCCGCCGCCGAUACCCGCUCCAUCGUCUCGGGCUACUCGACCCUGUCCACCAUGGACCGCAGCGUGUGCUCGGGCACCGAGGGCCGCGGUGGGGGCGGCGGCGACGAGGCGGACGACGAGCGCAGCGAGCUGAGUCACGUGGAGACCGACACGGAGGGCGGCGGCGGGCCGCGCCCGGGGGCGGAGGGCCGGCUCCCCUGA